AUGGCCAGCGUCAUCCACAACCUGGGUUCCGUGGCAGACGGAGGCGACGACGUCAAUCUCGGCUGGCUCAUUGGCAGGCCGAUCCUCGCGAGUGCCCUCCUCGGCAUCCUGACCCCGCUCGUCGCCAAGUUUGUCGCCGGACCCAUAUUCCGCUGGUAUAUCGAGGACAUCUUCGCGCGAUAUAAGCAUACCUCCAACAUUUUCCUCAUGGUCGUCAUGCUCUGUACCUUUGUCAGCAUCGCAGGCUUCGCCGGCGCCUCAGCCCUCUACGGAUCCUUCCUAGCCGGCACUUUCCUCAGCGCCCUGCCAUGCAUCCAUCCAGACGGACCCUUCAUGGUCUUUGACCGUGAACAUGGCGAGUCGGACCCCGACAAAACGCCGACCUUUGUUCACACGUUUGAAAAGUACUUUCUCGGCGCACAGACAUACAUCCUCCAGCCCAUGUUCUUCGCGAGCAUCGGCUUCGCCAUCCCCUUCAAGAAGCUCUGGACAGGCGAGGCUAUCUGGCGCGGGGUCGUCUUCACACUCCUCAUGCUCGCCGGCAAGCUCGUCGUCGGCGCUAUUGUUCCCAUCCGCGACUUUGUGACCGAGAAGCCCAUGCUCCGCCCCCGUGAGCUCGCCUCCUCGACCUGGAAGCCCGCCAUGCUCCUCGGUGUCGCCAUGGUCGCCCGCGGCGAGAUCGGCCUGCUCAUCAUCCAGAUCGGCCUCAAUGAGACACCAUAUCUCUCUGAGGACGCCUUCAUCGUAGCCACGUGGGCCACCGUCUUGAGUACCAUUGUCGGCCCUGUCGUCGUCGGUCUGCUGCUGAAGCGCCAUGGCCAAUCCAUAAGCGACGACCAGCGCUGGGGCCUACAGACAUGCGAUCUCUUUGAGGGGUGGGACAGCGACGCCAUCACCAUGGAAGAGGGUGGGGCCGGAAGCCGCUGGGCAAGCCGAAGACACUCGAGGGCCGUGAGCCGCGCGGCCAGUGAGCGGACCAGGAGCAGGGCCGCGUCAAGGGCCCUUCGAGGGGUCCCGGUGGAAGUGACGAGGAAGUUCAACUCACAUCCGAACAUAAGUAACAGGCGUCUCCGAUCGACACCCAUCUUCCCGGAUCUAGAAGGCGAUAUGGCUGGCCCGCUUCGGCCCAUCCGGGCGGUAGUCAUAUAG